UGGGACACGGCUGGUCAGGAGCGGUUCCGUACCAUCACGUCCAGUUACUACAGAGGAGCUCACGGCAUUAUAGUAGUUUAUGAUGUGACAGAUCAGGAGUCCUUCAAUAACGUCAAACAGUGGCUACAGGAGAUCGACCGCUACGCCAGCGAGAACGUCAACAAGCUGCUAGUAGGCAACAAGUGCGACCUCACAACGAAGAAGGUCGUGGAUUACACCACGGCUAAGGAAUUUGCCGACAACUUGGGGAUCCCCUUCCUGGAGACCAGCGCCAAGAGCGCCACCAACGUGGAGCAAGCCUUCAUGACCAUGGCGGCCGAGAUCAAGAAGAGGAUGGGCCCCGGGGCCACGGCCGGCGCCUCGGAGAAGUCCAACGUCAAGAUCCAGAGCAAGCCCGUCAACACCUCGUCCGGAGGCUGCUGCUGAGACCCGAAAACAGCCACGACUGAAUCCACCCCCGAGCCCACGACCAGUCUCAAUGUUACCAUGCUCCACAGGGAAAGAAAACCAGAGAGAGAGAGAGAGAGAAAGAGGUAGGGAAAGACAGGAUGACUUUGAGUGGACCGGUUUGUAAUUGUGUGUGCAGCUACAACACCAGAUUCCCACCACACCCUUUCAAAGUCAGCAAUAGGACGGUAAGCCCAUCCAUCCCCACACAGAACACACUGGGCACUUUCUUACUUUACCAAAACACACUCAUACUGGAAAAACAAACAAAAUGUAAACAAUUUUUAACAGUGUGUGAAGUUAACCAAUGAAAGAGAACACAUAUACAGCUCUUCUUUUGUUUUAUUCUUAUGUUUGCCCCCACUCUUCCUUUGGGUUUGUCCCCCCCCCCCACACACACAUAAAGUUGUCUUUAUUCAGCUGUGGAUAACAGCCUAACUUCGGCCCUGAAUCUCCUCCCAUAACACAAAUUAGUGAGCACUUCAAAUGAAGCACAUGCUUAAACCAGCAUCAUGCAUGUUCAGACCUGAUCACACGCUCCCUCUGUGGCGUGCGAUCGGCUGCCGUCACGAAGCGAGCGGCUCAAACCACACCCAGGAAACGCUCCCAAACCUGUCGUCACCUGCUCCAACUUCACAGAGUCGCCCCCUAAAAAACGAUGUGCCAGUGCCUUUGUGGCAGGAGAUUUUACGUGACAUUUAUGCCUUCGGUGCUCUCGUGUUGUUGGCAUAUUUUCCCCGUCGUAUGCCCGCAGUCGUGACUUCUUAAAGAACCCACUUUGUAUGAUAGCAGUUAACAUUCCUGUAUAUAUCUAUAUUCGGCUCUGUGUGUGUGCUCUGCUGGUGUCCACAUACAAUAAGCAUGUGCUACAUUGGGAGACGUGACGUCAGCCGUGUGUAUUUUCUCUGCUAAUGUUUCUCAACCAACAGCACAACCGACAACAGGAGAAAAAGAAAUCACCAUCCCAGCUCAAGAAUAAUCUAUAAACUGUAUAUAUUUAUACAUAAAUGUAAGAAGUGAUUUGCAAAAUUGUGUAGAGAAGCAAGUGAAAGCGAAUGACAUGAUAAAUAGCUGGAAUUAGUAAAUCUCGGCACGUGAUUUGUGGCUGCGGACAUGACAUUUUUGUGGCACAAUGUCUACUAUUAAAACAAUGAAGGAGAUCUUUGAUAA